CUCAACCGGUCCCGAGCUGGGGCAGAGGCGUCCCGUGGGGAGUUCAACCUCUCCGGGCUGCCGGAGGCGGAGGGGAAGCCCCUCUUCGGCAUCGGCAUCGAGAACUUCAUCACCUUGAUCGUCUUCGGCUUGAUCUUUACCCUGGGGGUGUUGGGCAACUCGCUGGUGAUCACGGUGCUGGCGAGGAGCAAGCCAGGCAAGCGCCGCAGCACCACCAACAUCUUCAUCCUCAACCUGAGCAUCGCUGACCUGGCCUACCUGCUCUUCUGCAUACCCUUCCAGUCCACAGUCUACGUGCUCCCCACCUGGGUACUGGGUGCCUUCAUCUGCAAGUUCACCCACUAUUUCUUCACUGUCUCCAUGCUGGUGAGCAUUUUCACGCUCUCGGCCAUGUCCGUGGACCGCUACGUGGCCAUCGUGCACUCCCGACGCUCCUCGGCCUUGCGCGUUUCCCGCAACGCACUGCUGGGUGUGGGGCUCAUCUGGGCGCUCUCCUUCGCCAUGGCCUCGCCUGUGGCUCACCACCAGCGCCUCUUCCACCGCGAGGCCAGCAAUGAGACCUUUUGCUGGGAGCACUGGCCCAACCCACGCCACAAGAAGGUCUACGUGGUUUGCACAUUUGUCUUUGGGUAUCUGCUCCCGCUGCUGCUCAUCUCCUUCUGCUAUGCCAAGGUGAGGCAAAGCGGGUAGUGGUGAAGGGUAUGUAAAAGGGAUGGGGGGUGACAACAACGGUUGUGGGUGUCCAUGAGCUGUGGGGCCAUCUCUAGGCAUGUGGAGGGACAUGGCACUGUUGGGAGGCAAUGAGGGAAGGGUGUGUUUGUGGCCC